AUGAUUUUUGGAAUUUGUCGUGGUUGUGGUAAUCCAAAUGAUGAUUUCAACAAGUGUCAAUCAUGUGAGGAUUGGAUUAACGAAAAAACUCGAGUUUUACAAGCCUUACAAGAUUUAAUCGCGCAAAGAAAAUACAAAAUAAACUUAUCAAAAAGUGAUGAAAAAUCAGAAUGCGCCGAAAUUUUGUCGAGUGGCGAAGGUGGGUCUCCUUCAGUAAAGGAGAUGAGUUCUUCAAACGCUAAAAAUAAUCAAGAACAUCCCGAUUCUGAGCAUUACGCAAUACAAGAAAAUAAAGAUCAAAAGCUUCAAGAAUCAGAUUAUCAAAAGUAUAUAACUAAAGAACAACGAGUUUAUACAAUGAAAUCCACAACACUUCAACCUACACUUUCCAGUAAAGAGUUUACUCAAGCACAGGAACAAAAACAAGUCUGUUGUGGUUUUAGUCAAGCAUAUUCUGUUUUUGCAUGA